AUGAAGAUAUCAAAUACAGCUCCAUUGCAUCUAUCGAACCAAGAAGUAUUAGCUCAUUUCUUGUCAUUGAAAGAUGAUAAUGAUCACUUGAGCGCUUCGAUAGAGUUGAAAAGAUCAAGGGAUAAAGCAUUUGCAAGAGCUAAAUAUCCAUUGGAAAGGGAUAAUCCAGAUGAUAAUGAUCCCACUUUAUUAGAACCGUUAGAUCCUGAAGAUGAGAAAACGUUGAAUAUCGCUGAGAGAAGAGGGUUGAGUGAUGAGUUGGUCUGGGUACAGAACGAGGCCAUAAAAUACCUGUGUCAACCUUAUAACGCAACUUCCAGACAAACAGAUGAAGGAGUAGCUAGAUUAGCAGAUGAUUUGCAAGAUCAUCAAUUGACAAAAGCGGAAGUACUACAAAUUACCAAUCUCGCUCCGAUAGAAGUUGUAGAACUAUACGCUAUCAUAGAGGAACCAGAUACAAGAUACUAUCCGGAUGCAUCAGAGAAAUUACAGUUCAUAGCAGAUCAAAUUUCCGCUACGUUGUUAUCUUCCCCCCGACCAGAAUUGGCAGAAUGGACGAAUCGACAUAUACCACACGAAGAAGGGGAAGGUUAUGAACAUGGUUAUGUCAAUCAAGAUGAACUGGAGAUGAAUGCCAUGAUGUUGGAACAGGAAUACGUGGUUGAAGAAGGUGGCAGAGCGGGUGAAGGUGGUGUUGAUGAUGAGAAAGAUGAAAGUAUGGAUUAA